AUGAGGCUGAUAUCUCUGACAUCCAGCGUCAGGAGAGUCAUGGAGCAUGCCCGCCUCAACAGGGUGACGACGACCCUCGAGAAGCAGGAUGCCUUUGGCACCCACACCAUCGGCUUCCGCAGAGGACUAUCAACGCAGAAUGCUAUGCGGCAGAUCAAGGGACAAGUCGUUAACGCACCAAGCCAACGCUCGUGCACCCUGCUCGGAUUAGACCUCAAAAGCACUUUCAACAUAGAGAAACACGCUGCCAUUUUCGACAAGAUCAACCAAUUAGAUCUUGGUUCGAAGUUUUACCGGUACGUCAACAGCUUAAUUCCCGAACGGACGUAA